CGCGACUCGGACGCGGGGAUCUACCAUUAAUAAUGAGCGGGACUAUUCAACGCCACUUGGUUCUCUUCAAGUCAUCGAGCAGCCAGUCGCUACCGCUGUUUUCUUGUCUUCGAGAGGCGUUCCAAUCGUUCUUCGUUUCACCAUGGGUUCCAGCCGGAAACGAACAGCGAAAAACUGUGCUUUGGACAAAUGUCCCAAACGCUCAAAACUUCAUCCGUCAGAUGCGACCUCACCGCCUUUGACUGUCACUGUACGAGGCCGGACUUUCGAACCAACACCUGUGUUCGAUACGUUUUGGCGUUUCGCGGCAGAAAGACAUGCCAUAACUGAAAAGCGUCUCAAAGGCCUCCCCGCCCCAUGGACAGCCGACCCCAUUUUACAAGUCUUUCCAUUCUGCAAUACGUACCGGGUUCUAGACCGAGUGAGCCAAUUCAUCAUUACCGAAGUCAUCGAAAACGGUUCUCAAGAUCCCACCGAACUGGUGUUUCGAAUUCUGCUUUUCAACACUUUCACGAGCAUCAAUACAUAUGAAACACUACGAGGCGCGAUCACACCUCUCACUUGGUCCACCUACGAACGAGCCGAUUACGAACGCGUCUUGCGUCGUUUGUACGAUGACAGAGUCGCCUUAUACACUGGGGCUUUUCAAAAGCCUGCACCUAGUCUAGGUUUCGUGGAAAAUUUCAUGAACCAUCUGGCUUUCAUGGAGGUCUUGAUGAAAGACUUGCCCGCGCAGUGCGCAAAGGCCGAGUACAUUGCAGAUGUUUUUGAAUGGCUGUGCACUUUUAAGAGCAUGGGAGAUUUCACUGCGUACCAGCUUGUGCUGAACCUGUCCUAUUCACGUGUUCUGGACUUCUCGGACUACGAUUUUGUGGUGGUUGGGUUGGGUUCGCGUCGCGGCCUUCAACGUUGUUUCAAAGGUCUCAUUCCUCGCGCGUGCGAGGUUGACAUAAUCCGAUGGAUGCAACUCACGCAGAGCGAUCAUUUCUCGCGCCUCAAACUGAAGUUUAAUGGCUUAGGGUCCAAGGCUCGUCCUAUUAUGCUGUGCGAUAUCGAGCAUACCUUAUGCGAGAUCGAUAAAUAUGUCAGGAAGCUCGAAACGCCAGCCCGUCGCCCCUUUCACUCAUCUGGCGCACUUCCAAAGAUGCGUCUUCCCAAGGCGUGGGCGCUUCCUGCGCGGAAAUCGCUCCGUAUCAAAUGUCAGGAGGAAGCAGAAGUUGAGUACAUCGAGAAGUUUGUCGUGGCCUCAAUUCAAUCACACCGAGGAGCGGACGGCGAAAGAGAAUUUUUAGUGUACUGGGAGGGAUAUAGCUCUGAUGACGCGUCAUGGGAACCAGAACAUCCGCUUGCCGAUGACGCACCUAAUGCCAUCAAGGAAUAUUGGAAACGUAUACGGGCCUGAUUUCAGGCAUAUCCAUUAUAGCGCAUAAAUACUGUAUUGUCGUGUGGUUUACCAUCAUUAUCGAUUGAAACCACUCAUACGGCAUGAUUAGCAUAUUCUGCGGUGCCAGUUCAGCCAUAUUAAAGGAUGUUCGAUUUUACAAGUUCGAGUUCGCAUUCAACUUUUUCCUGAUGGUUCUUCUUGCGGAAGUUAUAUACACGAACCCUUUUCGGUUGCUUAAUUUGUUCACCGCCAUGUCGGUUAAAUUUAUCGGCCUUUUGGACAACUUCAC